CUUCCAUUGAGAACAACGUACCAGUCGUGAUCCCUACUUGAGACGGGACGGUUAAAGUACAAACAACAGUACAAAGAAAAAGUUUAAAAAUGAAAGAACUCAUAGUUUUAUUGGCCAUUGCCUCAUUGUCUUCGGGAAUACAAUAUAAUGGCCUUCGAGUAAAAUUUGGCUGGUCAGAUGCACUCGCAGACAAGGAGUAUUUCUUCAAGAUACCUCGGACAGUGGUGCAGGCGGAGACUGAAGGUUGGCGAAGAACCGAGCGCCCUUCAGGACCGCUAGAAGAGUUACGGAUGUAUUGCUCUCCGGGAAAAUAUGUCUGCCCUUUGUACGAUCCUUCUGGAUUUGUCGCCGGCUUGCAACUUGCUUUCCCAGCUGAAGAUCUGGUGACUCCAACGUUCAAAGCAGACAAGUGGUUCACAAAGUGGAGCAUGCCGGCGACUGACGGCGAGCCUGCUAAGGAGUACCUGGCUAUCACACAAUUCUUCGUUUCAGAAGAAUCCUUAGCAGCGGGCGCUGGUCCACAGGUGGAGAAUGGCGCCACUCUGCAAGAUGGCGGCGUGUGGGUCAACGACCCUGACGGACAGCUGAUGCGCAUCCCGAGCACAGAGGCAGAGCUUAACACUACAUUGUUCAAGAAACAGAACUGUGUGCCUAAUAUGGGAACUCACUACCACUACAACAUGACACGGGAUACUCUGUGCGAAAAUAUACUGCCGUGGUUUGCAGUUACAACCAAGGGGUACUUAGUAGGUGUUGGCCUUCAGUUUUUCGGCAAGCUCACCCAGAAACCCAAGGAAAAGGACUGGUUCGAAUCUUACGAAGGAAGAAUGAUAGCAGAAUCGACCAUCCCACUAGGACCAGAAUGCCUCUAUAGAAAUGCAGACACGUAUCCAGUUUUUAGUCUCCACAUUUAUUACAUCGAUGAUCCUUGGAAUAUAAAGUGCAGACCAGGAGACUCGAUCAAGCCGGCCGAUGUAGUGAGUCGACUCAUGAUAAACGUGGACAGAUACUCAAAAUCCUUGGUGGACAACAUAAAGAAGAUAUUUACUGUUAAUAAGACUUAAGAAUUAUCAAGAUAAUUAAAGAUUAUCAAUUUACUCUGCCGCGGAAUAGAAUGGAGGCGUAAAUUUCGCCUUACUACGCGAGGAUCGCGUGAAUUCGCGGGAAUACUCGAGAACUUCAUCAACUCUUGACACCGUACUACCGACAAUGGCGUAGCUACCCAGGGGCUAGCUUUAAUAUUUUUACUUGAUUAAACCUAACCAAUUUAGAUAGUAGUGAGGUCCCAUUUUUUUUUUAUUUGCACCAGGGCCCUUGGUUACCUAGCUACGUCACUGAUUACUGACCGACUGUGGGAGUACUACUACAUAGUGGGAGUUUUCAACAUUUUCAUACUGUUACUAUCGCGUUGACGUAAACGCGAAUUUAUAUGGAAUUGAAACAGUUGUGCAGUUGUGCCACGAGAUGGCGCUGUUUAAAUUGCUUAGAAAUUCGCGUUUACGUUAACGCGACAGUAACGGUAUCAAACUGCCACUAGGCCCUCAGAUGACACCGCUAGAGAUACCGGGAAUUCUCGUUAAUGUGCGACGAUUGUCCUACGAUCUUUUUGGCUCUUAAUUAGUCUGCUCAAAAAAUGUACUUCUAUAUUCUCAUUCCGCGGCAAUUAUAAAUUAAGCUUAUUGAAAUAAAAAUAAUUGUGAAAGAUAAACUACCUAAGUAUUUUAUAAGGACUACCCUUCAGCAGUACCUACACAAGUUACAAAAACAGACAAAAGAUAUUUUAAACUUUUAGAUGAAAUACCUAUCACGCUUUUGCUUUGUCCAUAAUGGGGAUGAUGACUAGGUUUGAAUAUAUUGAUUUUUAUGAUACAUUCGGGUAAAUAAGGUCAAUGUUAACUAAUUUAUAAAUAAAAAGCAAAGAUUGACUGAAUAUUUGCAAAAUAAAUAAGAUUAAUAAAUUUCAAAAUCUAUUAAAAAUAUUUUAUCGUAAUUAGAUGAAAAUUACAGUUUUAGCUUCCUUACAUUAAUUAUGACAUUGUGACAUUUUUUACUAUGUGAACUAUAAACAUAAACGCAGAAAUAACAAAGAUAUUAGUAAUUUUGUUUAAACGCCCAUACAAAUCUAACGAUCAUUAAUUGCCUACGACGUCAUAAGUUCGUACCAUUUUGUAUGGGGCGUUUUUCAGGGAUCCGCGGCAGCGCCGCAAAUCUGACCCUUUAAAUCCCUGUAACUCCGAAAGUAAUGCUCGCAGAUACCCUGUUACUUUUACAAAAUUGCUUUACUUACUUACUUGCAUACUCUUAAUUUAUAUACAAUUUAAUAAACUGUCAUCAUCCCUAUUAUGUGUAAGGUAUCUCGUAGAUCUUAUACCUACACAAUAAGACACAAUAAUUAUUACAAAUAAGACCUAUGGUUCCCGCAGGAUUUGUGAAAAACUGAAUUCCACGCGGACGAAGUACCGGGCUAGUAGUAAAAUAUAUUAAUUACUAAUAUAAUAUAAUAUUAUAUAGAGGUUAAGUAGGCAGGGGGUAAUAUAUGAAUCUAAUGAACCGAUUUUGAAAAUUCUUUUACCACUAGAAAGCCUAUAUUUUAUCUCCGUAUUCUCACAAGAACGGGACCUUCGCGGGUGAAAUCAAAGGGCGUCAGCUAGUUAGUAACAAAGAAAUAUUAUACAAAUAUUGUCUGUCAGAUUAAAUAUUACGUAGAUAACGUACCUAUUAUAUUAUGUAACAUAUUAAGACUUAAGAAAAUUGCUUAUAUAAACUGUUUAAUAUUCAAGCAAAUAUAUAAUUGUUGCAUUUAGUUAGCUGGUUCAAUUAUUAUUAAAGUAUUUAUGGUAUACCUAGUAACUAUACAAUGGUUAAUUAUUUAUACUUUUAAAUAAAUAAAAUGAUGUAACCGUAUAAGUUUGAGUCACAUCAAUGGAAAUAACGAAAUAACGGGAUGUUAUUACCUCUAAAAUAUUUCAUCAUUAUCCACACAGAUUAAGAAUAAUAGGCAGAAGGAGCGCACGAAACACGACGGUGUCGUAGCCGCUUCAAAUACGAAAUUCAAAAAACAAUACAUUCUCGUGUCAGCACCCCUAGCAAAGUGGGACGUUGAAUCUCUUUCUACGAUCGCUAACGCUUCGAAAACUAGAAAAAAUGUAUGGGAAUGACAGAUAUUGAUAACGUCACCUGUCGAUAGCAAAAGUCAUUCCCAUACAUCUUUCUAGUUGUCGAAGCGUUAGCGAUCGUAGGAAGUGAAUCGACGUGCCACUUGGUUAGGGGGCAAUUUAUUAACUAGUUUAAGAACUGAUUUAAGAAGUAACUAAAUUUAUAAAGUGUCAAUUCUUUGUAUUGAAACCAGCGUACCCAGGGGCGUGGCCUAAAUAACUGUUUAAAAAUUAAAUAUGUCACCCUUACUUUAGAGUUGAAUAUUAUUUACCUAUUCCUUUUGUCACAGAACAAAACAAGACUGCUAGUACAUGCGCGGACACGUUUGCGUUGUUCCGCAUACCCGGGUGUACGCGGGCCACGCCCCCUUGCUACUUCUAUUGCUAAAAGCGUUAGCUUUUAGCGUUGUCUGCUCUGUAGUAUUAUCCCUACCUAAGUAUUUUAUAAGGACUACCCUUCAGCAGUACCUACAUAAGUUACAAAAACACAAAGAUAUUUUAAACUUUGAGAUGAAAUACCUAUCAGGCUUUUGCCACAGUAAAUAGUAUAUCUUUACUCUGCUUUUGCUUUGUCCAUAAUGGGGAUGAUGACUAGGUUUGAAUAUAUUGAUUUUUAUGAUACAUUCGGGUAAAUAAGGUCAAUGUUAACUAAUUUAUACAUAAAAAGAAAAGAUUGACUGAAUAUUUGCAAAAUAAAUAAGAUUAUCAAAAUCUAUUAAAAAUAUUUUAUCGUAAUUAGAUGAAAAUUACAGUUUUAGCUUCCUUACAUUAAUUAUGACAUUGUGACAUUUUUUAAUAUGUGAACUAUAAACAUAAACGCAGAAAUAACAAAGAUAUUAGUAAUUUUGUUUAAACGCCCAUACAAAUCUAACGAUCAUUAAUUGCCUACGACGUCAUAAGUUCGUACCAUUUUGAAUGGGGCGUUUUUCAGGGAUCCGCGGCAGCGCCGCAAAUCUGACCCUUUAAAUCCCUGUAACUCCGAAAGUAAUGCUCGCAGAUGCCCUGUUACUUUUACAAAAUUGCUUUACUAUUAGCAUACUCUUAAUUUAUAUACAAUUUAAUAAACUGUCAUCAUCCCUAUUAUGUGUAAGGUAUCUCGUAGAUCUUAUACCUACACAAUAAGACACAAUAAUUAUUACAAAUAAGACCUAUGGUUCCCGCGGGAUUUGUGAAAAACUGAAUUCCACGCGGAUGAAGUCCCGGGCUAGUAGUAAAAUAUAUUAAUUACUAAUAUAAUAUAAUAUUAUAUAGAGGUAAAGUAGGGGGUAAUAUAUGAAUCUAAUGAACCGAUUUUGAAAAUUCUUUUACCAUUAGAAAGCCUAUAUUUUAUCUUCGUAUUCUCACAAGAACGGGAACGGGUGAAAUCAAAGGGCGUCAGCUAGUUAGUUACAAAGAAAUAUUAUACAAAUAUUGUCUGUCAGAUUAAAUAUUACGUAGGUAACGCACCUAUUAUAUUAUGUAACAUAUUAAGACCAAAGAAAAUUGCUUAUAUAAACUGUUUAAUAUUCAAGCAAAUAUAUAAGCGUUGCAUUUAGUUAGCUGGUUCAAUUAUUAUUAAAGUAUUUAUGGUAUACCUAGUAACUAUACAAUGGUUAAUUAUUUAUACUUUUAAAUAAAUAAAAUGAUGUAACCGUAUAAGUUUGAGUCACAUCAGUGGAAAUAACGAAUACCGGGAUGUUAUUACCUCUAAAAUAUUUCAUCAUUGUCCACACAGAUUAAGAAUAAUAGGCAGAAGGAGCGCACGAAACACGACGGUGUCGUAGCCGCUUCAAAUACGAAAUUCAAAAACCAAUACAUUCUCGUGUCAGCACCCCUAGCAAAGUGGCACGUUGAAUCUCUUUCUACGAUCGCUAACGCUUCGAAAACUAGAAAAAAUGUAUGGGAAUGACAAAUAUUGAUAACGUCACCUGUCGAUAGCAAAAGUCAUUCCCAUACAUCUUUCUAGUUGUCGAAGCGUUAGCGAUCGUAGGAAGUGAAUCGACGUGCCACUUGGUUAGGGGGCAAUUUAUUAACUAGUUUAAGAACUGAUUUAAGAAGUAACUAAAUUUAUAAAGUGUCAAUUCUUUGUAUUGAAACCAGCGUACCCAGGGGCGUGGCCUAAAUAACUGUUUAAAAAUUAAAUAUGUCACCCUUACUUUA